AUGAAUCCUGAAACAUGCACCCUGGAGACUUGCUCCAUCGAGGAUGCCUACAUCCACUACCAACCUUCGAUCCCCGGCAACGCCAUCUACAUCGCCCUCUUCGGGAUCCUUCUCAUAGUUCAGGCCGUCCAGCUUCCGCUGUAUCGCAUGUGGGGGUUCUCUCUCUCGAUGAUAGCCGGUCUGUUGCUCGAAGUGCUAGGAUAUUCCGCACGAAUUUUGUUCCACGAUGACCCUUUCAACUUCGAUUGGUUUCUCAUGAAUCUUAUUAGUCUCAGCCUCGGACCCGUCUUCUUUUGCGCCGCCCUCUACUUCCUUCUCGGUCGGAUCGUGGUUGUAUACAAUGGCGAAGACAUCUCGCGACUGCGGCCCAGGAUGUAUGCCAUCUUCUUUGUCUCUUGCGAUGCGAUCGCGCUGGCAAUGCAGAGUGCUGGAGGUGCCAUCACUUCGACAGCCGACGAUGCAGACAUGCGGACAACUGGGACGAACGUCAUGAUUGCUGGAUUGGCCUUCCAGGUGGCCGCUUUGACACUGUUCAUCUACCUGGGAUCCGAAUUCGCUUUCCGCCUGCGCCGUCGGACACGAGAGGCGCAGCGGAAUGGGAGCAGUGAUUCGGAAAACAGGAAAGACGACGGAUAUGCUGCUAUCCGCGAGAAACGCCGGUGGAAAGUUUGGAUCUUCACCGUCGCUCUCUCGACCCUUUUGGUCUAUAUCCGAUCCAUCUUCCGUGUCGUCGAACUCAAUGGAGGAUAUGACAGCGAGCUGGCCAACGACGAGAUCGCUUUCAUGGUCUUGGAGGGAGCAAUGAUUUCAAUCAUGUGCAUUUGCAUGACUGCCAUCCAUCCUGGCUUUGCAUUGCAGCGGCGCGGACGCAAGCGAGAUAGCAAUGUGGAGUUGCUGGAGAGGACGGCAUGA